UCCAGCAUUAUGUGGACCAAACGAUUGAUGAGGAAACAGUAGAAAACAGACGUGUGGAUGGCACAUGAUGCGUGCUGCUAUUGAAUAAACGCCGUAAAGGGAAACGAACUCAUAACUGAGGGAUUGAAAACACCGUUGACCAUGAACUCUGGAUUUGAUGCGAUCAGGGCUGCUGAAUCCUGCUCGAGACGAUGUUGCGUCUGCGGAGUCUCGUAUCUGAAGUAGACGGAUCUUACAUACUUCUGCUUAUCCAGGGCAAAUUCGCACGUUUUCUACAUCGACAGAAGAUAAACCUGACCUCAUAAAUCAUCUCCUGCCAUCUCCAGUGGAGGAGCUGUCAAUGAGGACUUUUCUAUUGAACUGGCACAUGUCCUUAUGACGAUCUGCGGUAUACGAGCCCGUGGCUCUUUAAAGUAGCCAGUGUAGAUAUUGAAUAAAUUGAGUUAAAAUACGUUGAAUUAUAUUUAUUAAUAAGACAAAUAGUGUUAACAACAAAUACGGAUGACAUCACACGCAAGGAUAUCAAGUGCAGGAUGCGUUUUACCAAUCCGAAAUGAUGCGAUUUGCCGGAUUCAGGACACCAACAUCUUUCAUGGCGUUUGUGAUGAGAAGAUGGAAAAUCUUACUGGUGCUUAAUGUGUUCACGGUGGUCGGGUUCAUCACUUUUUGGGGCAAGUGCAAUAGAUUCGCGAUCAAAACUCAUCAAGCGGCUGCCGACGCGAGACUGCAGACGCACACCAAUGGAUCUGCUCAGGAGAUCAGCAUCUCUCAUGAUGUCCUGUUAAAGAGACUGGGAUCACUGGAAGAUGUAGUGUACAGACAGCUCAACGGUUUGUCCAAGUCUCUUGGACUCAUCGAGGGUUUUGGAGGCCGCGGUAGAGGAGGACUGCCAGCAACGCUUUUGCCGACGGAAGAAAAGGAGGCCAAAUACUUGAGGGAGAAAUAUGGCUACAAUGCAUUUCUGAGUGACAAAAUUUCUCUGGAUAGGUCUAUUCCGGACUAUCGGCCGAGCAAAUGCAAGAGGGCCUUUUAUCCUCGCGACUUACCGCAGAUCUCCAUGAUCUUCAUCUUCGUGAAUGAGGCGUUGUCUGUCAUACUGCGUUCAGUCCAUUCCGCUGUCAAUCACACUCCAUCCCAUCUCUUAAAGGAGAUCAUCUUAGUGGAUGACAACAGCGAUGAUGAACAGCUGAAAGGACCACUAGAGGAGUAUCUCAACAAGCGCUACCCAGGUCUUAUCAAGAUAGUACGAAAUCAGAAGAGAGAGGGACUCAUCCGUGCUCGCAUCGAGGGCUGGAAGGUGGCCACCGGGGAGGUGACUGGGUUCUUCGAUGCACAUGUUGAGUUUACGCCUGCUUGGGCUGAACCAGUUCUGUUUAGAAUCAAAGAGAACCAUAAGAGGGUCAUACUGCCGUCCGUAGAUAACAUUAAGGAUGAGACAUUUGAACUGGAGCGCUACGAGAACUCCGGCCACGGCUAUAACUGGGAACUCUGGUGUAUGUAUAUUAGUCCACCUAAACAGUGGUGGGAUGAAGGAGACACAUCUGCACCUAUCAGGACACCCGCAAUGAUAGGCUGCUCAUUUUUGGUAAACCGGGAAUACUUCGGGGAACUGGGCCUGUUGGAUGCAGGAAUGGACGUGUAUGGAGGUGAAAAUAUAGAGCUGGGAAUCAGGGUUUGGUUGUGUGGAGGCAGCAUGGAAGUCCUGCCCUGUUCCCGAGUGGCCCAUAUUGCUAGAACAAAAAAGCCUUACCACAGUAACAUCGCCUUCCACACUAGACGAAACGCCCUUCGUGUGGCCGAAGUCUGGAUGGACCAGUAUAAAUCCAACGUCUAUUUGGCAUGGAAUCUCCCAAUGAAGAACCAUGGAAUUGAUUACGGAGAUAUUUCCCAGAGAGUAGAGCUCAGGAAAAAACUGGAGUGCAAAAACUUUGAGUGGUACCUUGACAAUAUCUAUCCAGAGAUGAGGAUAUAUAACGACACCCUGUUUUAUGGAGAAGUUCGCAAUACCAAUGUGACUCAUCUGUGUGUGGACCAGGGCAUAAAAGAAAACCACACAGUAACUCUUCACCCCUGUCACGGCUGGGGCCCUCAGCUGGGCCGCUACACUAAGGAGGGUUAUCUUUUCCUGGGUCCUCUGGGAAGCACUGGCGAAGACACUCGCUGUGUGGUGGAUGAUAAAAUCAGCAGACACCCUCAGCUCCUUAACUGUGAGAAAUUCUCCAGUGUAAGCCAGAAAACUUGGCAUUUUGCACAGAAUGAAUCGAUUAUCAACCGAGCUACGGGACGGUGUCUUGAGAUAGUGCAAGCUAACGUCUACUUCGGAUACGCUCUGGUCCUGCGUGCAUGCACUGGCCAGAGGUGGAACUUCAAGAAUACACUGUAUGCAGAACAAGGCCAAUAAACCCGGGCUACGAUAAGACUGCCACAUGCUGAAAGUUUGGACUUUCCAGCCUUCAUCAGUGUUUAGGAACUUGAUUCCAGUUUGGAGAUCUCACACAUGUCAACCCUUAGCCAAGGGGGUGCUAGUCAUGUUUAAGUUUAUCUCAGGAGAGCAUGUUUUGUAUUCUUUAUGUUUUUGUUUGAUUCAUUUAUGGCUCAGUCUUUUACUGAGAAACAAUAACUCCAGUUAUGACUGCUGAAACCAAAACGACUAAAGUUGAUCAUCAGCUACAUUGCAAACAGUUACUACAUAUAAAUGUAUACAUCAUUUUAGUCUAUACUUCAAUUCUAUAUAUGUAGGUUUAGUUAUAUUUAGUCCUGGAAAAUAAGUUCACAUGCCUGUAAAUGGUGUAUUUCAAUUUUAACUAUUGUGUUUUUUCUAUCCUUUUUUAAGGUUCUUAAAAUCCGUUUUUUUGUUUUUAUUUUAACUUAUUUAGUUUUUUGUUUAAAGGUGCACUCAGUUAUUAUUAUACUGUGUUGCCAGAUAUUGCGAAUGUAGCCCAUUUAAGGGAGUCGUGGCACUUGGCGCCCAUGUUUGCAACGAUCCGGGCAGCAAUUUCAUUCAUAGCAAGACCACAAUCCAUCUACUUGAAUAGAUGUAAGACAAAUAUUUCUGAAAUCACUUGCAAAAAUCACAAUUACAUAUCCUAUUUCCAACCAAUAUUUUAACAUCAACUGUACCAUAACUUUGGUUUCUAAAGCUUAAAUUGCGCUACAAAAACAGCUAUUUUCAGCUAUUCCACACAGAUUGGAAAGUGCAUCAGGAUGCUCCGUGUAGAGCAAGAGAAGAGUCAAUCUUUAUUGAUUGCAGAUCGGCUCUUUUUACUGGAAGGCGGGACUUCUUUUGCUAGAGCGGCCAUGUAGAGCUUUCCCCCUUCCCAUUCACAAUAUGCUAGUGAUGCAUCUUGUUAAUAUCCAUUAUCUUUGAUGUAUCAUCACACUACUAUUCGGUUAGUGUUGUGAAUGAUUUUAAACAUGGUCCAUAAUACUGGAGUGCACCUUGAAAUAAGUUAUUUAUUGCAUAUUUUCUCCACAUCAGCCCCUCAGAAGACAUUGUGAUAUGUGCGCUGAAAGCAAUUUUACAGUAACUAUGGUGACUGUAGCUACUGUUGAAUGGCUCCUGUAGUCAUAUUGUUUCACUGAACCUCAUUCUAAAGCAAGGCCAGUCUGUGGGCCAAGGAACUAUGGGAAAAUUAUCAUCAGGGAUUGAACACUGUUACAUAAGAACGCUGUAAAUGAGUCAUAAACACUACAUGUAACUACAGUUUCUUAAAAUGUUUUUUCCACAAUGUCUUCCAUUUCGGUAUGGGGUUGAUUUGAAUCAAAUGGUGUAGUGCAACGUUGUGUUAUACGUUUAAUUAUCUGUCUUACUUAACAAGAAGGUAAGCAAAAUAAAAGAAUACAGAAAAAUUCAGUAAUUUUUAUUUUACAUCAUACAUGAAAAAUGUGUCAGGAAAAAUAACAGUGAAAUUCAAUAAAAUUACAGUUUUUUUCAUUAUAUGUGAAAAAUCUUUACAAAAAUAAUAUACAAUUCUGUAAAAUUACAGCUUUUUACAUUAUACUUCCCCUCAAAAAUCUGUACAAAAUUAAAAGUAUAAUUCUGUAAAAAAAAUUUUUUUUGAAGUGUGCAGUGUGUAAACAGUAAUUUUACAACGUAACCCGAGAAAUCAUGCCAACAGUAACAGUGCCAAACACAUAGAAGAAACAAAUCUUACUGCUGAAAUGAAGCAAUUCAAAUAUGAAUGGUUUCCACUAUAAAUCUCAUCAUGAAGAAUCAGUUGUGAACAAUUAAAACUAUUACAAAAAUUAUUGCAUUAUUAUAAAAAUUAUUAUUAUAUUGGGUCUUAUUGCAAUAGGAUGUAACAUUGUUCUGUUGGUUCCCAUAUGCCAAUAACCCACACUGUAAAAAAUGUUCCUUAAAAACUGAAAUUUCCUGGUGUGACCAGGAGCGGUCUCUUUCUGUAAUUGUAUUUUUUUACCUUAUUUCAAAAAUAAAUACAAUACAGUAAAAUGCA